AUGGCAUCGUCGUCUGAGCAACCUGGGGAUUCGUGGGAAGAGGCCACGCGACAUGCUAAUGAGAACAUCGACCUGGUUCAUGAGAUGACGACGAAAUUCGAGAAGGCCAGGGGCGAGGCCAACGAGAAACGUUCCCGGGUAAAAAGUCCCCCACUCGGGACCAUCUUCAAAGAGAUUCCGGACGGGUUGGAAGCAGCCCGCGUCCUUGUGGACAGGCAUCGCCGUCGCGCAGAGGAACAGAGUAGUCAGCUAAUCUCCCAGAGUGAUAAGAUUUCUGAGCUGGAAAGACGUGUGGAUUGGCGGGACGCGUCUCUGAGCGAUCUAAAAAAACAGAUCAAGGAUCAGAGUAAAACUCUGCAAAGACAGAUCAACUCGCGGGACAACCGUAUCAUCGAGCUGACUGAGCAGAAUAAUGCUCUGCAAGAACAAGUCAACUCUCGGGACACCCGGAUCAACGAGUUGACUGAGCAGAAUACUAUUCUGCAGAAACAACUCGAGGAGAGUGAGGAAACCCGCAAGCAGGGCCAGGCCCAGGCUGAGGUGAUCUCCACACUUCACAGCACGAGUUAUGAGGUUCUCCAACAGCGUGAAAAGCUGCAGAAUCAUCUAAGCAUACAGCGUGAGAAGUUCCGUUCUCAGCUGCAUGAGGUGCGUGAGUCUCUCGAGACCACGCAGUUGACUGGUUCUUCGGGUGCACCUGUGGAUACGGACGAGACACUCGAACAUGACACUCAUGAACGAGAGUCUCUGGACGUGGAAGCAGACACCGGAGAACAUGAGGCCUUCUUCAGAAGACCUGCAUUGCCAUCUGUGGAGGAUCGGGAAUCCACACAGGUGCACUCACGUCCUUCGACGUCGGGUAGUACUGGUGCUGGCUCCCGUCCCCCGGUGGAAGGCACUGAGUUUUCAACCAGUGAGAAAGGAAAGCGCAGGAGGGUCGAUCCGUCGCUGCCCAUCCAGCCCGAGGCUGGUGGCAGCACCACGGUUCAAACUCCAGUCGCUUUCGGAUCCACGCAGACGCCUGCUGGAUCAUCAUCGCAGAGUCCGGCCCAGACGCAAAGCCAGUCCACGACUGCUAGCGGCACGGCCCAGACAUUUACUGCUGGAGGGUCCGGGCAGACUACUGCUGGUCCAUCAACUGCCUUGCAGAGUUCGCCCCAGGAAGCAUCCAAGAAGGCAGGCCGGCCUUUGAAGAAGGGCUUCUCGCAUACUCGGGCCAAGGCUCGCGUUACAGAGACAGCCCCCUUCGCCGCCGAACUGGUAUUCUUGGUGCCAACUGGUGUCGACGGCAAUAGUUCUCGUUAUGAGAGAAUGGAUUCCCUGCAGGACAAGUCCUUGGUUAAGGCCAUUGUCGAUACCAUGAAAGGAUUUAGGAACAGAGAUUUUAUCGCGUUCUCAGAAACCGAGUCUCUGAAGUGCUUUGGGUGCCUCAAAGUAUCAAAAUGUACGACGCCCUGGCUGGAAGGCUUCGCGCGGCGUAGAGCAUGUGGGGACUGCAUCCAAAAGAAGCGUCCCUGCGUGAUAAUGGUUAUGGACGGGGAUGAACCUCUCAUGGUUGUCCUUCCGAUCGAGGAUCGCUAUCGUGAUCACCAAUGGACUGACCUUGCAACUUAUGUGAGGCAGUAA